UCUUGUUGGCGGUGUAACAAUUGUUUAUUCGCGGGGAUAACGCGCUAUUUCAUGAGAGCAUUUUAUUUUAUACUGCGAGGUUAUCAGUGUGUGAAACAUGAAGACGAUGCGUCAGAAAACUCCGCUGAAGAUAGCACCAAGGUCGGCCAUCAAAAGCCGUGGAAAUUCUGGCAACAGCUUGGUAAAAGAUCCUGUUCAAGUGUACUGUCGGAUUCGGCCACCGCCCUGCGAGUCCGAUCUUACCUGUUUACGCGUCACCGAUGCUCAUACAGUCGUUUUGACUCCUCCGGAGAUAGCAAUUAACUACAAGGUUGCUAAUCUCAAGGAAACGCAGUACAUCUUUAAGCGCGUUUUCGACGACACUGUUCGUCAGCAUGAGAUUUACACGACCGUCGCUCAACCGCUGGUAGAAUCGUUAAUUCGUGGCCGAAAUGGGCUGCUGUUCACCUACGGCGUUACCGGAAGCGGCAAAACGUACACCAUGACUGGAGAUCUACAGCAUCGUGGAAUCAUGCCGCGUUGCUUGGAUGCGUUGUUUCGCACAAUUGCCGAUUAUCAAGCAAAGAAGUACACGUUUAAAUCAGAUCGACUGAAUGGUUUCGAUAUUCUUACGGAGGCAGAGGUAUUACUUGAACGGCAAGCGGAAAUGAACGCAAAACUGCUGAAAUCAUCAAGAAAGAAGGAUUUAGACCAUGAGGUGGCAUCGCAGGCUUCGGUGGAACCAUCUGAAAUAAGCGGUAUCGAGGAGGAUAACAUCUACGCCAUAUUCAUCAAUUAUGUAGAGGUGUACAACAACAGCGUGUAUGAUUUGCUAGAGGAAACCACUAUUCAAAAAACGCUGCAAAGCAAAAUGGUCAGAGAAGACGCACAGCAUAAUAUGUUUGUACACGGUGUGACGGAGAUCGAGGUGAAAUCAGUUGAAGAAGCGCUGGAACUGUUCCAGAUUGGGCAGAAGCGAAAGCGCAUGGGACACACCAUCCUAAAUGCGGAAUCUAGCCGUUCUCAUUCCGUUUUCACGAUUCGAUUAGUUCAAGCCCCCAUCGAUGUGCAAGGAGAGCAUGUUGUGCAGGACCGUAACGCCAUUACCGUUAGCCAACUUUCCUUGGUAGAUUUGGCCGGAAGCGAACGUACUAAUCGGACGGGCAAUACGGGGCAACGGUUGCGUGAAGCGGGAAACAUCAACAAUAGUUUGAUGACGCUGCGCACUUGUUUGGAAAUUUUGCGCGAAAAUCAGCAAACUUGCGGUGGCAAGAAGGUACCUUAUCGAGAUUCAAAAAUUACUCAUCUUUUCAAGAACUAUUUUGAUGGAGAGGGCCAGGUGCGCAUGAUUGUAUGCGUGAAUCCGCGUGCAGAGGACUACGACGAAACGGCGCAAGUGAUGAAGUUUGCUGAAAUGACCCAGGACGUACAAAUAGCACGACCCACGCCGAUUAAAAUAGACAUGGGUCUUACGCCGGGCCGUCGUAAGGCUAAUCAGCUGGUUAAGUUAGCGCUUGCUGAUAUGGCCGAAAGGCAUCAGCACUAUACACCGUACGCAGCAGAUUCCCACGCCGACCGUAUGGAUUUCGAUCUCGGAUUGGUGUAUAGUUUGGAACCGUUUGUGUCGGAGAUGAAACUGGGUACACCGGAGAGCAACGAGCUCGUUCGAAAGCUGUCCGAGGUGUUGGAAUUACGGAUUCAAAAGCGUAAACUACUGGGCGAGGAUUUCAAUGCUCGGCAAAACCGUUUUCGCAUGAAUUUGCAUAAAUUGGAGAGCGAAAAUGUGUCUCUACGAACGGAAAACGCUUCGUUCAAGGGUGUUCUUGCCCAGGGCAAACAGAAGAUUACCGCACUGGAGAACAAAAUCGUAGUUUACGAGAGUUCAAUCGAUGAUUUGAACCGCCGCAAUCGUGUAUUGGAAGAAAGAGUGCGGGAGCUACAAACACAGCUUAACCAGAAAACUCAGCUUGUCAGCCAGAAGGAACUAGAAAAGGAACGUCAGCGAAAGAAGUUCACGUCCAAGAUUGCAGUCGAAUCGGAAAAAAUGAACCGUGAGCUGGAGUUAAAGCUGAUGGAACAAAAAAAUAAGCUGCAGGACGAAAUGCGUGACAAGGAAGAGCGGCUGCGAAUGGUUUCGGAGAUCAUACAAGGGACACCGAAAGUGCGUGCUCGUUCGAGUAGUGUUGAUAAAGAUUUCCAGAAGCUGGAACUAACACCGAAUGUAAAGUCGCUCGUUUCUGCCUAUGUGACACCACGAGUUUCCAGACCCGGUACUGCAGCCGCAAACAAUAGACAUCGUCGGUCACGCUCAACUGGUGAACGCUGGCUGGAACAUCGUGCGGCCAAUCCCGUCCCAUUGGGAACGAUCCUGCAGCCGUACUAUAGCAACUCAAAGUCCGUUACCAAAUUGACCGAUAAGGACGUGCUGGCGCAAAAGACCACCAAAUACUGUUUGAUUUCGCAAGACGCCGACACUGAGGGUGAGCUAGAAACGAAACUGUACAAGGGCGAUGUAAUCCCGACUAGUGGCGGUGGUGCGCAGGUGGUCUUCAACGAUGUGGAGUUUCUGAAACAAUUCUCCCCUACGAAGACUCCGCCAAAUCGGAAACGGUCGAACAAUUUCGUCACUCCAAGUGCUCCGCCUUUGAGCGAAAUACAGAACACCAAUUCGAAGUGUAGCACAGCUAUAGAAGGACACGCGGAAGGACAAAAUAAGCGGUCAAGACACUGAGAUAGAGGAAU